CUGUCUGGACUUCAGGAGCCAUGUGACUUCCAUGAGUUCUGAAUUCUGGCACGAGAUGUGGAGUGCUGGGGUACCGUCAAGCUCGAUUCUUACCCCUGGCUUUGGGGAUUCUGAAGUUGAUCCAAUCGCUGGCUUCCUUUCCGUGACCACCGGCUUGACGACCUCAUCCCGCGUUUGUCAAUAUUCACCAAGGAUUGCACAACUUAUUGAUGAGGACAAAGGUCCAUUUACAGAUUUUGCGUUUACAAGGAAGAGACAUCGGUGCAACGACAAGAACUUGACAGAAGAAAAUGCCUAACAAGCUGCGAGAUGAUCUUCACAAGAUCGACGACACCUCCUUUGACUACAUCUACGAGGAGAAUGCUACGGUUCAGCUUAAAGAAGGCCGUGGUAUUGUUCGAUGCAAUGUGUUCAGACCGAAAAGAUCCAAUGAUGCAAGAUACCCGGUACUCGUCACAUAUGGCCCCUAUGGCAAGGACGUGCAUUAUAAGGUGUUCCACGCUGAGUCGUUUGGAGAGGUUCCUGAAGAACACCAUUCACCACACUCGGCCUGGGAGACGCCUGACCCAGGAUACUGGACUCGCCAUGGUUAUGCAAUCGUACGAGCUGACGAGGUCGGCCUUGGCCAAUCUCCAGGAGUGCUCAACACGAUGUCCCGAGACACGAGCCUUUGCUUUGUAGACGUCAUCGAAUGGGCAGCGGCUCAGCCAUGGUCUUCCGGAAAGAUUGGUCUGCUUGGGAUUAGCUACUAUGCUGGCAGCCAAUGGCGUGUUGCAGCACGCCGGCCCAAAGGUUUGGCCUGCAUGGUACCAUGGGAGGGUAUGAGCGAUUACUAUCGUGACCGCUGUCGCCACGGUGGCAUAUUGUCAAACACUUUUAUUGACUUCUGGUGGAACAGACAAGUUAUUGUCAACCAAUACGGACGACCGGGGAGAGCAGCACGGAGGUGGGGGCCAGACACCAUCGAGGGCAACCUGGAUGAAGACGAACUUCGUGUCAACUGCCAUGAUCAGAACGUGGAUAAUGUCAAGAACUGUUUCCUCGACGAUGAAUAUUAUGCGACGAAGGACUACAAAGUCUCGGACAUAGAGGUGCCUCUACUAUCUGUUGGAAACUGGGGCGGUAUUCUCCUCCAUCUCCGAGGCAAUGUUGAAGGAUUCAUCAACGCAGGAUCGAAGCACAAGUACCUUCGGUUCAUUACCGGUCGACACGAUCUUCCAUUCUACACGAAGGAAUGUGUGGAUAUGCAACACAGUUUCCUUGACGCUUUUCUCAAGGGACAUGAUCCACUAGGGUGGUCACGCGACGAGCAGCCAAGGGUUGGCUACAAAGUCAGAAUAGGCGAUGUUGGCUUUAAUGAUGCUGCGGCCGAGGGUGCAUAUCCAGAAAGAUACGCAGAGGACUGGCCAAUCCCUACAACAAAGUACACGCAUUACUACCUGACUCCCAGCCAGGGUCUGGUCGAGUCUGCCCCUACCGUGGAAGAAUGCAAGCUUUCCUACGGGGCUUUAGGAGAUCUCAAGAACCAGCAUCUGAUCCAGUUCACAAGCGAGCCGUUCAAACAGGAGACCGAGUUCACAGGCCACCUGGUUGCGCACUUGAACGUUUCCGUCACUCGAGCUGAGGCUUCAACGAACCAGCCCAGCGACAUCGAUCUCUUCAUCACCGUCCGACAUCUGAGUUCAGAAGGCAAAGAGAUUCUGUACACUGGCACGGUUGGAGAUCCUGUGCCUGUGACGAAAGGCUGGCUCCGUGUCAGUUUACGCAAGGUUAACGAGAAAAGCCCCAGACACCAACGCUGGCAUCCGCAUCGCGAGUAUCUGUCUAGCGAUCACGCGCCACUUAGUCCUGGAGAAAUCUACCCAGCGGACGUCGAGAUCUGGCCGACCAAUGUGGUCAUGUCGCCAGGAAGUCGCUUGGUACUGGAAAUUUCAUCGGGCGACACGCAAGGUGCAGGCUUGUUUGAGCAUAAUUCCAAUGAAGACAGGAACGAAGCAACUUUCAAUGGCAUGAAUCAUGUCCACUUUGGAAAAGGGUAUGAGAAUUGGCUGUUGAUGCCUUUGAUUCCGGCAGGGAAGAAUUCUGAAUAGGAAAAGCCCGAUGCCGCCACUCUACAUUGGCAUAAGAGCAACAGAUUUUAGAGGAUUUGUGGCCUUCACACGAGUGGCAAAUAGUAUGCCACACCCCCAAAG